AUGUGCAAGCACGAAUACAGCGAGCGUUUCAGCUCGCACUACCGCAUCAAGUACUGCAAAGAAGCUACUUACGAUCGAAACUCUGGCAAACUCUGGGCUUGCUUUGAGUCGAAGCCAUCCUGGGUCCCAAAAAUCCGAGAUUACAGCAGCGAGUACCGUCAUGAAAGCUACAGAGAACGCUACUGCCGUAUCGAGGAGCCAAAAGUUGAAGAGUACGACGGCGAAAGAUGCUCAACAUGCAAACAUCGCCGCUGCCGCUGUGUCGAGGUAUACGAACUGUACCGACGUCGUCCUUCGCGCAAGCGAGUUGAGAUCUACUACUAA